CGUGAGAUGAGGGUGUGGUCCCAGUUGACGCAUGCACACAUAGUUCAGCUUUAUGGCUGGAUAUCAUAUAUCAAGGAAGAUUUUCAACCGAGCUUGGUGUCAAACUGGUGUGGCGGAGGGAAUGUUCAGGAAUUUUUACACCAACAUCCUGAUGCCGAUCGCCGGGCCUUGAUUUGCGGAAUUGCUCAUGGCGUAGAGUAUCUUCAUUCAGAGGAUGUAGUGCAUGGCAAUAUCAGACCCGAGAACAUCGUCAUGAAUGGGGAAAUACCGCAGUUGUGCGGUUUUGGGCUAUCGUUUAUUCUAUGGGACAGGUCAACGUGGCCCGAUUCGGUGGCCGGAACGACGAGAUACAUAGCGCCGGAGGUUUUUUUUGAUGAAGUUCGAAACAAGGACAAGGAAAGUGAUGUGUGGGGAUUUGGAUGUACAGCCAUGAAGGUAUGA